AUGGUCGCCCUAUCUCUGACUAUAUCUUUGAGCAGAGGGUCGGACCACGCUUCUGCUUCGCCAAGUCUGAAUUACCAAGCCAGUGUGUACAGCUCACAUUCACGCUCACAUUCUCAACCUCCUCCAUACGGCUAUAAACCUAGUCGGGACAACAGCCUUGAACAACUUGUUCCGAGGCAUAGAAAACAGCUUGACUUUCAACAGCGACAAAGAGCGAGGAAUUUGAGAUUGAGAAUCAGGAUGGCGAGUAAUGAGACAGGUGCUUUGAAUAUUGAGAGGAAGAAGAGCUUUGGGAUUGGUGGUGCAGGAAAUAUACGGAGGCCUUCGGAUACCAUCUACCCACCCAGGGUCAAUGCUGAUGGGACAAGACGGUCGAGUGUUUGGUCAACUAUGUCUGUAUCACCCGGGACGAGUCCUGAGGGUAGACGCUCGUCGUUUAUGAGUCUGUUCAAACGAAACAGCGUGCAUGCAGAGGACGGCAUCUCAGAACAGGAUGACGAGGACAGGGUCGAGUCUAAGCAAGUCAACAUGGGAAGGAGGAGGUAA